AUGGGCAACGGCUAUUGGCUCUUCGACUGGGGCACCAGCAGCACCACCUCCACCCCAAACACCACCGCUGCCUCAUCCCAUAUCAAGGACACCAAACUCGGCGGCCAGAUCGAGGGCAAGGAGGAGGUCGUCAUUGUUCUCGGCGCCGGAAACUUUGGAACAUGCCUGGCCGACCAUCUGGCAGACCUGCUCGGCACCGAUGUCACCAUCUGGGCACGAGACAAGAACGUUGUCGACAGCAUCAACCUCGAGCACGAGAACAAAAAGUACAUGGCUGGGGUCAAACUCUCCUCCAAGCUCAAGGCCACCACCGAGCUGACCCCCGAGCUGAUCAAGUCCGCGACCGUCAUCAUCAUGGCGAUUCCUACCCAGCAUAUGAGAUCCGUUGCCACCACCAUCCGUCCCUACCUCACCGUCAACCACCUGCUGCUCUUUGCCAACAAAGGCAUCGAGAUCACCAGCGGGCUGCUGCCAAACCAGAUCUCCCUGGAAGUCUUUGGCGACGAUAUCGGCUCCAAGGUCGCAUUUCUGUCCGGCCCGAGUUUUGCCAUCGAGGUUGUGAAGCGCCAGCCGACAUGCGUCGCAGUUGCCAGCAAGUCUCGAGCCCGGGCCCAUAGGGCCCAGCGACUCUUCCACGCCCCGCACUUCCGCGUCUAUGACUCGGUCGAUACCGUCGGUGUCGAGAUUGCGGGUGCCCUCAAGAACGUGAUUGCGAUUGCCUCGGGCGCCUGCACUGGCCUCGGGUUCCAACAGAAUGCCCGUGCUGCGCUGAUCACCCGCGGCUUGGCCGAGAUUGCUCGGAUCGGUGUGGCCAUGGGUGCCGAUCCACUGACUUUUACUGGACUGGCUGGUGCCGGCGAUCUGUUCUUGACCGCGACCUCGGAGAAAUCGCGUAACUUUACCGUCGGCAAACGCAUCGGCGAGGGCGAAGCCCUCGAUCAUGUGCUGGCCACCCUGGGCUCCGUCGCCGAAGGUGUCGAGACCACCCGAGCGGCGUACACCCUCUGCCGCAAGCUGAACGUGGACUCGCCCCUGGUCAACUCGGUCCACAAGGUGCUCUUCGAGGGCGGCAACAUCAAGAUGGUCCUGGCCGAGCUUAUGGGACGGGAUCCGAAAACAGAGCUGACGGGCAUCCGUGACUAA